AUGUCAGGAUUUUCUUUCGGCAAGCCUGCGACUACCACUACUACCAGUGCUUUUUCUUUUGGUUCAUCACCAUUUGGAACAUCAGCUGGAGUGAAACCAGCUUUUGGAAUCGGUGCAACUUCGAAUACCUUGUUUUCUCCAACUGUAACCUCUAAUGCAAGUUCUACUCCGUCGGCAUCCUCACUCUUUCAAAGCCCUUCUUUAUCUUUGACUUCCACAACUGGGAAUGCUGCCACUACGACCACUCAAAGUGGCUUUGGUCUGCCAUCGUUCCCUAGUUUAGCGAAGCCUUCAACACCAGCUUCUGGUUUUGGGCUAUCUACAAAUACCAGUUUUGGAUUAAAUGCUAGUCUUACACCAUCAACUCAGUCAGGAGGUUUCGGUCAAUUAUUUACAAACCCUGCAUCAGCUCUCAUGAAACCAACAACAACAACAGCAGCAACAGGAACAACCAGCAGUUUUGGAAGUCCAUUCUCUUUCGGGUCAACAGCGGGUGCUGGUGUCACUUCUCAAAAUGCAACAACUACCGCGCCAAUAAGCUUUGGCGGUCUGCCUUCGAGUAACCUGUCUACAAAUGCUCCUAGCAUCUCCUCAGCAGCGAAUGCUUCUGCUGUCAGUCAACCUGCAACCACUAGUAUUUCUUUUGGUUUUGGUCUAUUAUCCAACCCGUUAUCAUCGACAACAGCUGUAAGUACUGCGACACCAGCAACAGUAGUAGCGCCUACACCUUUUAGCUUUGGAAAGCCUGAUCUAUCUGCGACGGCUACGUCUACUGCUGCUUCAGGAUUUGGAGUAUCAUCAUUAGGAAUUAUGUCUGGUACAUCAACUGCAACAUCUAUCACAACAGCAGCAUCGUUAGGCGGCAUUACAUCAUCAGUGACUUCUGUGGCUGCUGCUACUUCUGCCACUUCCGUCCCAUCUGUAACCACGGCAACUGCUACAUCGAUUACUUCUACUCCACAAAAUUUAACCUACAGUCAAUUAGAAGAUUUAGUUAACAAAUGGACUCUUGAACUUGAAGAGCAAGAACGAUAUUUUCUUGAUGAAGCCGAUCGUAUUAACCAAUGGGAUCAAACAUUGAUUAAAAAUGCAGAGAGCCUCACUUCAAUGUAUGAAAAAGUAGAAACUUGUCAGGGUGAACAAAGUCGUCUGGAACAGGAGUUGGAUUUCAUUGAAGGUCAACAACGUGAACUGGAAAGUCUACUUGAACCGUUGGAACGUGCUGUCAAUGAAUUACCACCGGGUCAUUUACACUCAGAUUAUGAACGUGAAGCAAUCUUCCAGUUGGCUACAAAUGUUGAUCUUGAAUUGGGCCAGUUAUUGUCUGAUUUACGUGAAAUUGCUGAUCAAACGAAUAGUACAACUGCGUCAUCUGCUGUAACAGUACUGAAUAAUAAUAAUAGUAGUGGUGCUUCAUCAACUGUCGCUGGUGGCAGUGCUAUAAACUCGGUAAAUUCAUUGGAUGACUCUAAAAAGGAUAAUAUUACUACUAAUAAUAAUGGAAAGAAAAGUUCAGGCAAUAAUAGUGCAGAUGUUAUGAAUCAAAUUACACGUAUUCUUAAUUGUCAUAUGCAUUCAUUGAAUUGGAUUCAUCAUAAUACGCAAGAAAUAAUGGAUCGUUUGAAAAUGUUGAAUGGUGUUUCAUAA